AUGGCAGUUGCCUUUGGCCAUAGAAGUACUAAUAUUGCGCUAGAUGAAGAAACAAUUGACAGCACUAUUCCGCUAAAUGGAGAUAAAGCGAUUACGGAAGCUACGAUAAGAAGGGUUAUUGAAAUUCUAGAAAGCGUUCCAGGCGUUGAAGGAAUGCUUGAUCCUUUCAAACCACCGUAUGAUGCUCUUACUUGUGCUACGGCCUAUCGAUUAUUUUGUGAAAUACCUUUUGUUAUCAAAGUUCCCGAUGAGCUCAACAGAAGUCCUAAUGACAGUACAACUAUAGUUGUUUGGGAAAGAUGGAUCGAUAUUACAGAUACAACUACUACUGCUUUUUUAAACCAUUCCCAGUUGGCUGCCCUCAGAGCAAAGAGAGUUACCCGUAUUCCUAUCGCAACAGUAUCAACAUCAGCGUGGGAAUCCAUGGAGAGGCAUGUUAAAAGUUUGUUAAGGAACUUAGAAUCACGAAAAUCCGAAUAUGAACCGCUACUGGAAAAUUAUUCUAAUGAUAAUAGUAGCUGCUGUUGUUGUACAAUUUGUUAA